AUGAUUGAACUUUCUUGUUUAGUUUCUGCAGCGCUGAGGUUUCCCCCCCAGUCCAGUCCAGCACCAGAUCGGUGCACGGGAGCUUAUCCGGACGUCUCUUGCUCUCUGCGGCACCCCCUUCCUCUCCUCAGCACCCACCCACCGCACGGCGAUGGUGCUAAAGGAUCCCGCCGUGUCUCUGACCCUUUUCCUUUGGAUUACGGCUUCCUGGGGCUGCCUGGCUGCAGCUGCCGGGGUUGGUGCUGCUCGCAAGCAGGACGAGUCUUUCUCCACGGUCAGUGUCUACAGAGCCAGAUGCACCUCCAGGUGCCUGAGCCUGCAGAUCACUCGCAUAUCUGCCUUCUUCAAGCAUUUCCAGAACAAUGGCUCCCUUGUUUGGUGCCAGAAUCAUAAACAGUGUUCAAAGUGCCUGGAGCCCUGCAAAGAAUCUUGGGACUUGAAGAAAAACCAUUGCCAAAGUUUCUGUGAGCCUCUUUUCCCCAAGAAGAACUAUGAAUGCCUAACUAGCUGUGAAUUCCUCAAGUAUAUCCUGUCAGUGAAGCAAGGAGACUGCCCAGCACCUGAGAAGGCCAGUGGUUUUGCGGCUGCCUGCGUUGAAAGCUGUGAGGCUGACAGUGAAUGUUCUGGGGUGAAGAAAUGCUGCUCCAAUGGAUGUGGACAUACAUGUCAAGUACCAAAAAAUCUGUACAAAGGUGUUCCAUUGAAACCCAGGAAAGAAUUAAGAUUCACAGAACUUCAGUCUGGACAACUGGAGGUUAAGUGGUCUUCAAAAUUCAAUAUUUCAAUUGAGCCUGUGAUCUAUGUGGUGCAGAGGAGAUGGAAUUAUGGAAUCCAUCCCAGUGAGGAUGAUGCUACCAGCUGGCAAACGGUGGCACAGACUACAGAGGAGAGAGUACAACUGUCUGACAUAAGACCCAGCAGGUGGUACCAGUUCCGAGUGGCAGCUGUUAAUGUGCAUGGGACAAGAAGCUUCACAGCACCCAGCAAGCACUUCCGCUCCUCUAAAGACCCAUCUGCUCCACCAGCCCCAGCUAAUCUCAGAAUUGCCAACUCCACUACAAAUAAUGAUGGAAGUGUAACUGUAAGGAUUAUUUGGGAUCUCCCAGAAGAACCUGAUAUCCCAGUUCAUCACUACAAAGUCUUCUGGAGCUGGACAGUCAGCAGCAAGUCUGUCAUCCCAGCUAAGAAGAAAAGAAGGAAGACUACUGAUGGGUCCCAAAAUUAUGUGGUCCUGGAAGGACUGCAACCCAACAGCAACUACAUGGUGGAACUGCAGGCAGUAACAUACUGGGGACAAGUACGACUAAAAAGCGCCAAGGUGUCUCUCUAUUUCAGCUCAACUCAAACAACUAUUAAUAAAGAACAGACCUCUCCAAUUGGGAAAACCCGGAAAGGACUAGCUGAUCCUCUUCCACCCUUUCAAAGAAGGAGACCGGCUCGUCUUCUUGAAAUUGGAGCUCCUUUCUAUCAAGAUAAUCAGCUUCAGGUCAAAGUCUACUGGAAGAAGACAGAAGACACUAGUAUGAGUCGAUAUCACGUCCAGUGGUUCCCAGAAUCCUGUGUGCACAAUGAAACUAAAGGGCCUGAAAAAGCAACUGGCCUGACCUAUGAAAACUACAUAAUUCUUCAGGACCUGUCAUUUUCAUGUAAAUAUAAAGUGACCGUUCAGCCAGCAAGAUCUAAAGGUCGUUUGAAGGCUGAAAGUAUUUUCUUUACCACCCCACCUUGCUCUGCUCUUAAAGGAAAAAACCACAAGCACAUUACUUGUCCUGCUGAAGGAGCAUCAGUUCUCCCUAAAGUGCUGGCCAAACCCGAGAAUCUAUCUGCCUCUUUCAUUGUUCAGGAAAUAAAUAUUACUGGUCACUUUUCGUGGAAGAUAUCAAAGGCAAAUCUUCAUCAGCCCAUGACAGGGUUUCAAGUCACCUGGGCAGAGGUUACUACAGAGAGCAGACAAAACAGCUUACCCAACAGCAUCAUUUCCCAAUCACAGAUACUGCCAGCAGAUCAUUAUGUGCUGACUGUCCCCAACCUGAGGCCAUCAACGCUUUACCGAUUAGAAGUGCAAGUGCUGACAACAGGCGGGGAGGGGCCAGCCACAAUAAAAUCUUUCCGAACACCUGAUCUACUGCCAUCUUCACCCCACAGGCCUCAUCUGAAACAGCACCAUCCACAUCACUACAAGCCACCCCCAGAAAAAUACUAGACUGCUUCAGAUGAUUAAACGAAUAACUGAGAGAAAAACUGAGCUCCCACAAGAAGACCAGAAAAAUGCACAUCUGUAGGAACAAUGAAUCAAUUUUUUCCAGUGGAAGUUAUCAUCCUGUAUGAUUUGUAGCCACUUCUACAUAGUUUAAGCAUGAAGAAUAAUAUUUGUACCCAUGCCAGGAUGAAAUGUACAGCAAUUAUCAUGAAGUACCACCCCAAUUCUGCUAACUGAAGAUUGCAUCCAAUUCAACACAUCUGAGAAAAUUCAAAUGUAUGUUUGUUGUAAUAACAUUUUGUUUCCUAGGUUUAAAGUAGAUGGAAGGGGUGCAGUGAGUAACAGAGGCUUUUGUUUUGCUAAUCUUUAUAACAAUAUCUGAGACAUUGUUCUUUGAUGUAUACAUAGCUUUGAAAGCCAGAGGGCAGAUCUUCAGCUGGUGUAAAUUAGCAUCUCUCAGUGGAGCCGAGCCAGUUUACAUCAGCUAAGCCUGUACAGUAAAUAGUUUGCCAUUAAAGGAUAUCUCCAUUUACCUAAAAUAAGUGCACAACCGAAUAAGUAGGAAUAACAGAUGCAUACAGUUCAGUCUGCAAUGGAAACUACUAUUAACCCAACAACAAAAGUAGAUCGUGCUUGCUGAUGUAUUUUCUUAGUAAUAUAUCUAUAUUUUCUGUGGAAAUGGUAUCAUGAAGCUCUCUCCUUAACAAAAUGUGUUAACAAGGGAGAUUUUCAAAGGCACAAAUGGCAGUUAGGUGCCUAACUUCCACGGAUGUUCUAUAGUAGCUGGACACAUGCCUUUGAAAAUCUCUCCCAAUUUUUUUUUUUUUUUUAAAUAUUUUGAAGGGAACCCUGUAUUUUCCCCGUUAGAGAACUAAAUAGGGAAUGGUCACAUUUUAGACACGAAAAUUCCAAGGCACAUGUUAUGUUAUGUUUGGGGUUUCUUUGGCUUUUUGAUGUGCAUAUCUAUUUUCCCCAAGGAUCUUUUGAACAGCAGAAUGGAUGUGCUGGCUACAUGGUACUCCAGUCAUAGAAUUGUGACAAUACAUUGAUGUCUGGAAGUCACUGGCUUAUAAUUUAUUUGACUGACUUUUUCAAAUUCAGGCAUGAAGGGCACCCUGUUUUUUAAUCAUAAGGGAAUGCAAAUGACCUUAUUGUGCAAUGUAAACAGGAAGAGUAAUUUGCCACACAGAGAGAGUCUUUAAUAGUAAAGAGAAACUGCUUGGCUUUAUAAUCAGAAUGAUGGAAAAUUUGUCUCUACACACGGUGGCCAUACAAAUAAUCCAAAAAAUUGCUGUCUCUGCGUUCUCACGUACAGACUGUUAUACAUCUUUAAAUUAGAAUAAUACAUAUCAAGCUUUCUGUAACUUGAAAUUGACAAAUAACUUCAUGGAAUCCCCCAACAACAAGUGCCACAAAAACAAACAAACCACAUUCUGACUACAGAUAAAGUUUCUGUACUCAACUUCUUCCUAAGAUACCCUCAGAAGGGAAAAUACUCCUUGUCACAACAACAAUAAACAUUCUGAAGAACACCAAAUAAAAAGAUAACAUAUCUGUGCUUGAAACUGAAAGAAAAUGAUUAUGCGCAGUAUACCAUGGCACAGAAGAAAUUCAAAUACAGAUCACCUGCAUUGAAAAGGUUUGACCAGCUGAUGUUACCAAGAGUCAAGAGCCCCAUUGCAAUUUCUGACUAGUUUGUUCAUUCAGUUUUUCCAGUAUUUGAAUAUUUUUUAAAAAAAGACAACUCAGAGAUUAUUGCAUUAAUUCUGCCAUUCUCUUUCUAUUUUUCCUGAUACCUUUUUGAUAUAUGCACCCAUGGAGCAAGUAACUCCACAAAGCUGUCUUUAGGGUACAAGUCUUGGGCCUUGGAUAGUUACUUCACAAGGUAUUAAGGGCUGUUCAUGCUUUGGAGCUAAAAAACAAACAAACAAACCCCCCACAUACCAUAACUUCUCUUCCCUAUUACAUAAUGUGAGCAAACUUUGAAGGGAACUGUAACUGACAGAAGGUCAACUAUUUUCACCCAGCUGAAAUCUGACAUGCAUCUAGGUACACACAUCUUCAGAAAUAAAUUACUAUGUAAUUUGAAUAGGACCAAUGCAUGGCACCACUUAUAUAUUUAAAUUACAUAGGACAUAAGUAAGGCUAGGAAAGUGCUCUGGAGUUAGAUUGUGACACCUAAUUCCCUUAGGCUUCUCUGAAAACUUCAGCAUAAAUAUUUUUACAGACUCUAUUCUCUGUAGCGCUCGACUAAAUCUAGAAUAAAUUGACUGAUGUUAAUGAAGUUAUACUGAAAUCACAUUGAUGUAACUGAGUGCAGAAUUUGUCUCUUUGUCUUUUUGAAAUCCAGUGUCAAUGACAAACCUUGGAUUCAAGAAGAUAGAACUUGGCAAAUUAACAGCUCUUGAUUAUUAUAUGAUAGGUCUUGAUUGUUGAGUGGAAUGCCAUAUUCCUCCAAAUGGUUUGAGCUGCUUGCUAGAUUUGUUACUUUUUCUUAAUUGGCUGUUUCAGGAGAAGACUAAAG